AUGGAUUUUUCUUCAAUGUUGCUAAAAAACAGGAAAGAAACUUAUCUCAAGUCAUAUAUGGAUUACUCUCGGCAUCUACACUUUGACAUUCACACCAAUUUGACGGAUAAUCUCACCAUCUCAUCCUUUUCUCUUCUUCAUCUUUCACCCGUCAAUCAAUCAAGUCACCAAUCUCAUGCUCAAUUACUUCUCCCACCACCACAACCACCACUCAAGAAAUUAUGUCUAAUUACCUCAUCAACAAGUGUUAAAAUCCAUCAAUUAUUUUUGGGACGCUCGCUGUUAACUUCGAACGAUAACGAGUGCGAAGCGUUCUUUCUGAAGCAACAUGGAGCUGUUAUCACCCGAAGGGAUUAA